AUGAAGAAGUCUACCAAGACGGCCCCUCAGAGGAGGCCCUUUGAUCCGCUGUCCCAGUAUGAGCAGCAGCGACAGCACGAGAGCACCAUGGCCCUCACCAUCCGGGGCUAUCCCCCCAAGAACAGCAACAACACCAAGUCCGACUCGUGGCACACGUCCGACGAUAGCCAAAGGAACACCAACCCCAGCUCCUCCUACGCCCGGGCGAGAUCACAAUCACGACCUCCCACACGGCGGCCAGACGCCGACGGCCUCUCGACCGUGUCCGAGGUGACUUCAAGCGCUCCCUCAGACGUCUCGGACGACACUGCCUCCACCGUCAGCACCAGCACAACCUCAUCCACAUCAACAAUUAACCAAGGCCGACGGCAAGACGACACACAGAGGCCUCUGAUGUUCCGGCCGCCUCAACUUCGCUUCCGAUCCGGCGACACAGGCACAAGAUCACCCGAGCCGUUGACGCCCAGGAACCCUUAUCUGUCGGACGACUAUGAUUCCGCCUCUGAGCUGGGCUGGGGCAGCUCAUCCAAUGUUUCCACCACCACAAAGGCCACCACUGUCGUCGACGACUCUGACGACAGCUGCGCCAAGACGCCCACCCGGGCGCGGUCCAUGGCCCGUCGGCCGAGCGUGUCGACGUCGCAACAGACGAGGACGACGGAGCGUCAGCUUGAGCGACGGAGUGAGCGUCAAGUAGAGUUCCAGACGACGGAUCGUCAAUUGGAGAGACGAUCUGAACGUCAGAUGGAGCGUAAGCCUGAGCGUACCAAAGAGCGCUCACGCAGUCGGGGACGCAGUGUGCACAUCCACAUUGAGCAGCCGGUCCAACAGCAACAACCUCAGCAGCAGCAGCCGCAACAACAGCAGAUGGUUCAGCAACAGCCUCAACAGACUGUUCAAACGAUUCAGCAGACAGUUCAGCAGCCGACCAUGGUCCAUUCCAUGACCACUCAGCAACAGUCGGUUACCCAGCAGUCUACCAUCACCCAGCAGCCCAUGGUCCACCAACCCACCAUCCCUCAGCAGCCUAUGAUCUCUCAUCAGCCUGUUGUGGCUCCUCAACCCAUGAUUGCUCAGCCGAUGAUGUCUGCUCCGCCCUUGAUGGCCACUCAGCCGUUGUAUGCUCCUCAACAGCCAAUGACACAGCAGCCAAUGACACAGCAGCCAAUGACCCAGACCAUGACCACGACCACUGUGCAUUCUUCAUCACAACAGCAACAGCAACCGGUUGUCCAACAAACCGUGGUUCAACAACCCCAGCCUGUCUCUCAACAGCCACGGAUUCCUGAGUCAAGACAGCUCCCCCAGCCUGAGCGUCCUCCCUCUCGGCCUCGUGCACAGUCUCGGCACGAUACCGAGAGGGCCAUGGCUGCUGAGAUUGAGAAGCUCAAGAAUGAAGUCAAGAGCCUCAAGAGCAAGCAAAAAGAAACCAUCAAGGAUCUUGACGACGCUCGAUACAGGCUCAACUGCACGCAGAGCGACAGGGAGGAGCUUCGUCAGGAGAGGAACAGGGCUCAGUCAACCAGAGACAGACUCACUGUCGAGCUCGAGGAGCAGACACGUCUUCUGGAGAGGACUCGGACUCGGCUUGAUGAGCAGAGGCGGACUCUCGAGAGAUUCGAGAAGGACCGUGACACUUCCAUUGAACAGCUCAAGAAGGAGCGUGACGCCGCCAUUGAGAAGUUCAAGAGAGAUCGUGACGUGUCUGUCAGAGAAGUCAUCAAGGACAGAGAGGUCUCUGUUGAGAAGAUCAAGAAGGAGCGUGAUGUUUCUGUUCAAAAGGCCAUCAGGGACCGGGAUGCAUCUGUCGAACAAGCCAAGAAGGAACGAGACGCUGCUCUUGAAAAGAUCAGAAGAGAGCGAGAUGAAGCCAUCGAGAGGUACAAGCGCGAGCGAGAUGUCUCUGUCGAGAUGGCCAAGACAGAGCGAGACAUAUCCAUUGAGGCGCUCAAGAAGGACCGCGAUUCAGUCCUCGACAGGUUCAGGCGUGAGCGUGACCAGGCGAUCGAGGCCGUCGACCAGUUCAAGAAGGAACGCGACCAAGCUCUCGUGCAGGCAAAGAAGGACGUCGAUAUUUCGUUCGCGAGGUCCCAGAAGGAGCGUGAUCAGGCUCUUGAACAGGCUAGGAAGGACUACGACCUUUCCAUCAAGAGGACCAAGAAGGAGCGUGAUCUCGAGCUGAACAAGCUCCGCAAGGAGAAGGACGAGAUUAUUCGAGAUAUUGAGGAUGAGCGAGAUGCCAUCGUCGAGAAGCUCGAGAAGGAGCGUGAUCGCGCUGCUGAGAAGCACAAGAAGGACCUCGACCUUGCUAUCUCCAGGGCCAAGAAGGAGCGUGAUCAAGCCAUCAGCAAGAUCCAGAAGGAGCGCGACCAGACGGUUGACAGGCUCCAGAAGGAACGCGAUCAGGCCAUUGACAGGCUGAAGAAGGAACGCGACAUGACUGUUGGAGCCCUCACCAAGGAGCGUGACGAGCUCUUGAUUAUUGAGCGCAACUACAGCGACAAGGUCAAGGAGCUCGAGGACCACCUGUCCAAGCACCGCGAGCUCAAGGCUGCUCUUGAGAGGAACUAUGAGGAUCUCAAGAAGGAGAGCCAGCAGACCACCAAGACCAACAACCAGUUCGAGGCCAAGAGCAUCAACCUCGAGAGGGAGCUCGAGGACGUCAGGGUCAUCCGCAAGUCUCAGGAGACGGCCUACGUCGCCAAGAUUGCUGGCCUGGAGAUUUCCAAGGAAUCCAUGCAGUUCCGUGUGGACGGCAUGGAGAAGGAUCUCCUGGAGAAGGCCAAGGAGCUGGGUGAGCUCACCGUCGAGAGAGACCGCUACAAGACGGAGAGCGAGAACAACAAGAACCAGGUCGAGUCUCUCAGCAAGGAUAAGGUGAACCUCGAGGAGGAUAAGAAGAACCUCAACAAGCGCAUCGACGAGUUGUCGGGCGACAAGUCCAAGUUGGAGGAGUUGCUUGGUGGUCUUGAAGGCGACAAGAAGAAGCUCGAAGAGCAACUUACAGGCCUCGAGGGUGACAAGAAGAAGCUCGAGGAAGAAGUCACCGUGCUCAACACGACCAUCGAGGAACUCAAGACUGACAAGGACGCCAUCAAGGCCGAGUGGACCAAGGACGUCGAGAGCAAGGAGGCUCGCAUCGCAGGACUCGACACGGAGAACAAUGAACUCAAGAACCAGCUCGAAUCGCUCGCCAAGGACAAGGACGCCAUCAGUAAGCAGGUCGACGAGAUCGAGACCAAGAGAAAGAAGCUCCGGAAGCGCUACGAACAACUCACCGGCCAGAACAAGGAGCUCCGCGGCCAGGUCAGAGGUCUGUUGAGCGAGCAAGACGACCACAGCUCGCAGGUCCUGCGGCUCUCUGUCGAGUGUAAGAGCCUCCGCAAGGAAAACACGACCCUCAGGACCCUCUCGGAAGCCGGCAGCGUCGUGUCCAGCUCUCUAUCUAGCGUUUCAUCCUCUGCGAGCACCGUCACCGACGACGAGGACGCCACGAGCGUCACCUCGGAUGCCACCGAGAAGCCAGAUCCAGCGUCGGUACCCCAACCUGCCUCGGUCGAGGACGUCGUCGAAGAAGCACCUGCUGAUGCCGAGCCAGCUGAGGCUGAGCCAGAGGCAAAAGCCGAGACUGAAGCCCCAGGGGGAGAAGAAGAAGAAGUAGCAAAAGAACCAGAACCCGAACCCGUCGUCACCCCCGAGGUUGAGCAACUCCGCGGAGAAAACACCGAACUCAAGGAAAAGGCCGACGCCGUUACCGCUGAGAGAGACGAACUCACGACCAAGCUCGAAGCCAGCACCGAGAACGCCGGAAAGUUGCAACUCAACGUCGAUACCGUCACCGGAGAGCGAGACACCGUCACGGCCGAACGAGAUGAGCUCACCAUCAAGCUCAACGCCGCCAACGAGAACGGAGGCAAGCUGAAACUCACCGUCGAUACCGUCACGGCCGAACGAGACGAGCUCACGACCAAGCUCGCCGCCACCGAGGAGAACGUCAACACCGUUACCGCCGAGAAAGACGAGAUCUCCAAGAAGCUCGCCACCGUUGAAGAGGAGGCUGCCAAGCUCCAGGAAAAGGCCGCAAGUGUUGACGCCAUCACCACUGAGAGGGACGACCUCCAGGGGAAGCUCACUGCCUCUGAGGCUACAGUUGCCGAGCUGAAGGAGAAGCUCGCCAGCGUCGACGCCCUCACAGCUGAACGUGACGAACUCGCCAAGAAGCUUGAAACGGCGGAGCGAGAGGCUGUCAUUCUCAACCACCUGCGCGCCGAGAACAAGGACCUCAUGGCCCAGCUCGCCGAGGCCAAAAAGGCCCAGGCAGCUGCUAGCGCUGAUGUCACUGCCCUGCAGACUCAAGUCGGUGCUCUGGUGGCUCAGCUCGGAACAAACGGUGUUACUCGAACCAAGAGCGGACGCAAGCCCAUCAAGGAUCCCAAGCGAAGGGAGGAGAUGGUGAUUGUCCGUGACCCCCGUGACCGCGGAGGCGGCAUUCAUAUUGUUCGACGUCGCAACCUCAACUCUUCUACUACGAGGUCUUCUUCUCAGUCCGAGGGAUCAGUCGACGCUUAA